AUGACCCGGUUCAAUUCAAAUUGCUUACUCUGGAAUGGUAUUAAAAAUUGGUUUUCUGUACUAAAGCUCAUACUGCUGAAGGGGGUAGAAGGUGGCAAUGGGCCCCAUCACGAUCGAAGUUGUGUUUACAACCAGAGCAACAUAGUAGAUGGAGUUUACUGCCUCCCCAUAGCACACUGGAUUGAAGUCUCUGGACAUACUGAUGAGAUGAAACAUACAACUGACUUCUAUUUUAAUAUUGCAGGACAUCAAGCUAUCCAUUACUCCAGAAUUCUGCCAAACAUCUGGCUGGGAAGUUGCCCUCGGCAGCUGGAGCACGUGACCGUCAAGCUGAAGCACGAGCUGGGUGUUACGGCUGUGAUGAACUUCCAGACCGAAUGGGACAUUGUCCAGAAUUCCUGGGGCUGCAACCGCUACCCGGAACCCAUGAGCCCUGAAAUCCUCAUGAAACUGUAUAAAGAGGAAGGUCUUGCCUACGUCUGGAUGCCAACACCAGACAUGAGCACUGAAGGAAGAAUACAGAUGUUGCCACAAGCUGUCUGCCUCUUGCACGGGCUACUGGAGAAUGGACACACUGUCUACGUUCAUUGCAACGCUGGCGUUGGCAGGUCUACAGCUGCUGUCUGCGGCUGGCUGAAGUACGUGAUGGGCUGGAGCCUGCGGAAGGUGCAGUACUUUUUGGCUUCCCGGAGACCAGCUGUCUACAUAGACGAGGAAGCUCUGAUUCGUGCUGAAGAUGACUUCUACCAGAAAUUUGGGCAUCUUCAUUCCUCGUGCAAAAUACAAGAGUAG